ACAUAUGAAAGCAGUUCUCCACAUCCUUCUUCUAAUAACGCAAAUAAUCAUGUUUAAACUAAGUCUUGUUUUGUGUGUUGUUUUUGCAAUAAGCGAAGUCAAGCUUGCUCCAAAUGAUUUCCAAAAACUUCAAGAAACCACUCACGAGGAAUGUUUGAAGGAAGCAGGAAUCGAACAAGUCGAAUUGACUAAAGUAUUCGAAUCGAAAGCAUCCGAAGAAGCGUUUGAAAAUUACUCUUAUUGUUUUGCUAAAAAAUUUGGUGUUAUCGGAGAAGACAAUAAAAUAAACAAAGAUAAAGCUAGGGAACAGUUUGAAAGAGUCAAACCUGGAUCAUCAGAAGUUUUUAUGAAAGCAUGCGUUCCAGAUGGAGAAGUUAGUAAAAAAAUGGCUCUGGUUAUGUCGAAAUGUAUAGUUCAGAAGAAAAGAGAACUUUUAAACCAAUAAUACCAUUUUUCUAAUUUGAAUAAAUACUUUUAUGAACUA